AUGGAUAAUGAAGAAAUUCAAUUAUUAGCGAAAACAUGUUUUCAUCAAAAAGAAGCGUUUAUGCAGCUGCUGGAUCAAAUGGAUGCAUAUUCAGACAUUGAGAGAUCCAGAACUAACGCAAUGCUACAAUUAUACACCGAGCAAGUUCCACGAGAUCCAGAACCAGGAGCUAUAUUGAGGAGAAUAUAUAUGUACGUGGAGAUUACGAGAGGAACGUCACCAAAAAAUGCGGUUAUUGGAGAGCUUUGUCGGGUAAACCCUAAAAUUAACUAUCAAUUUGAUGCACGAAAUAUACGAGGGCAUAGUCCCGAACAAAAGGUCACCGCAACCCUUAGGAUUCUUGGUUAUGGUCUUCCUGCGGAUGCUUGUGAUGAGUACGUUCGAAUGGCCAAAACAACUGCAUAUGACAAUCUCAAAAUGUUUUGCGAAACUGUAGUCAACCAUUUUGGUCCAAAUUUUUUACGGUAUCCCACGCAAGAUGAUGUCAAUCGUCUACUAGAUGAGAAUCGGGCCAUAUGCUUUCCUGGAAUGUUAGGUAGCCUUGAUUGCGUGCAUUGGGUGUGGCAUGAAUGUUUGUAUGCUUGGCAAGGUCAAUAUAAGGGCUACUACAUAAAACCAAUCGUGGUUUUGGAAGUGGCAGCUUCUUAUGAUUGUUGGAUAUGGCAUGGUUUUUUUGGACUUCCGGGUUGCAACAACGACAUCAAUAUCUUGCACAAAUCACCGUUGUUCGAAGAAUUGAAGUAUGGAAAAGCUCCAGCUGCCACUUUCACCAUCAACGACAAUCAUUAUAACAUGAGGUAUUUUUUGGCGGACGGAAUUUAUCCGCAGUGGUCAACUUUAGUUCAAGCUUACGAUGAGAUACCUACAAAUGGGAAUAUGUCUGUGCUAAACAGUUGUUUAACAACAAAAAAAAAAUAG